UUUUUUUUGGCUCUUUAAACCCUUCAUGUUACCCAGAGAUGCAGGGAAGCUCAGAAGCUUUGAGCUCCUGCAUGGUGUUGAUGCAGUGGGCUGCACUGAUGUGUGUUUGAGCUUUCUCCCGUGUGCUCACCGUUGCUCCUAUCAGAAUGAUGGUUUGGUGUUUAUCACUUUGUGGAGAACAUGGUGAUGAGUUUCCGAGUCUCAGAUCUUCAGAUGUUGCUGGGUUUUGUUGGCAGGAGUAAAAGCGGACUUAAACACGAACUAGUCACCAGAGCACUGCAGCUGGUCCAAUUUGACUGCAGCCCUGAGGUUUUCAAGAAGAUCAAGGAGCUCUACGAGACCCGUUAUGCCAAGAAAAGCUCCGAGGCCCCGCAGCCGCCCCGCUCCCCCGAGGCUCUCCCCAUUCAUUCUUCAUACGACCGCGGGAGCGCCGUGGCUCGGACUUCUCUCUCCACCCCCAACAUUGACUAUCCCACGCUCUAUGGGAAGUACCUGAACGGACUGGGCAGGUUGCCCCCCAAAGCUGUGAAGCCUGAAGUCCGCUUGGUGAAGCUCCCCUUCUACACCACCCUGGAUGAGCUGCUGAAGCCCACGGAGCUCGUUCCACAGAACAAUGAGAAGCUCCAGGAAAGCCCGUGCAUUUUCGCGUUGACGCCGAGACAAGUGGAGCUGAUCCGGAACUCCAGGGAGUUGCAGCCCGGUGUGAAAUCAGUUCAGGUGGUGCUCAGGAUCUGUUACACAGACACCAGUUCUCCCCAGGAGGAUCAGUACCCCCCCAACAUCGCCGUGAAAGUGAACCACAGUUACUGCUCUGUGCCGGGCUACUACCCAUCAAACAAACCCGGGGUGGAACCCAAGAGGCCCUGCCGUCCCAUCAACCUCACCCAUCUCAUGUAUUUGUCUGCGGCCACCAAUCGUAUCACCGUCACCUGGGGGAACUACGGGAAGAGCUAUUCCGUGGGGCUGUACUUAGUGCGGCAGAUGACCUCAGCGGAGCUGCUGCAGAGGUUGAAAACCAUUGGGAUCAAACAUCCAGAGCUCUGCAAAGCACUGGUAAAAGAGAAGCUACGCUUGGACCCAGACAGUGAAAUCGCCACCACGGGCGUUCGCGUGUCUCUCAUCUGCCCGCUGGUGAAGAUGCGGCUGUCUGUGCCGUGCCGGGCUGAGACCUGUGCACACCUGCAGUGCUUCGACGCAGUCUUCUACCUUCAGAUGAACGAGAAGAAGCCCACGUGGAUGUGUCCUGUGUGUGACAAACCCGCGCCCUACGACCAGCUGAUAAUUGAUGGGCUGCUGUCCAAGAUCCUGACUGAGUGUGAGGAUGCGGAUGAGAUCGAGUACCUGGUGGAUGGCUCGUGGUGCCCCAUCCGAGCCGAGAAGGAGCGCAGCUGCAGCCCGCAGUGCCCCAUCCUGGUGCUGGGUUCUUCGGAUGUGAACGGGCUGCUGCCCCCUCCGAACGCUAACGGUGAGAAUGGCAAAGCUGCUGCUGAUGUGGUGGAUUUAACACUGGACAGCUCAUCGUCGGAGGAGGAGGAGGAGGAGGAUGAGGAGGAAGACGACGACGAUGAGGGACCCCAACCAAAACGGCGCUGCUCUUACGAGAAGGGUUUGGUUUCUGCCUGCUGACUGUGGAAGCAGCUCUGAAUCUCAGAACGGACAGACUUGAAUACUCUGGUGCUGAAACUGGAGGGGGGGGGAGAGCAUCGUCUCCCACCUCAUCUCCCAUCCUCCCCCAUCUCUGACUUUCCUAUUCCGAAUUAACCAUUAAAACAAGAGAAAAACAAACAAACAAAAACCCCGCAACCACUGAGCUGCUUCUUGGUUGGAAAACCAGCCCAACUCCAGGCCCGACCCCGAACCGGACUCUGAAGCAAGGAAAGUGUCUUAACCCACGGCUGGGGCUGCAGCUCCCGCCCUGCUGCCCCCCAGCACGGCCCCACGCAUCUCCAAAGCUGUGUGCAUCUUGAUCGUCUCGUUAAUUAACCAUUCCUUGAGUAUCUCGAGUUCUGCCGGACACGUGGGGAGGGAGAGGGGGUGGGGGGAGGGAAGGAGGAGAGAGGGUUGGGGGGGGAAGGGGGGGGGGUUUGUAUCACCCAGCAUAGAGGGGUUUGGUAGGGGUGGGGGGUGAAGGGGGAGAGGUUUGGGUGGAAGCGCACUGUUCUAGAUAGGAGCUGGAGCAGCUCUGCACCUCGUGUCCGAGGACACGUCCUGCAUCCUUCAUCCCGACCCCAGGUAACGUAGGCAUCGUGCGUAGUGACCCCUUUAGUUGAGCAGAAGCCAUCGGGGGUGGGGUGGGGGGGGAUGGGAUGG